GUGGGCGAGAAUCCGGUAAUAUAACGUUACUCUUUCAUAUAUCGGCGAAGGGAAAAGAAAAGAAGGGCGUAGGACAGUAACCUAUGGCAACUCGUAAAUACUCUUGGCAUGGCAAGUUUCCCGCCAAUCCCGGUCUCAUGUGGUCCUUGUUCUCCCAUUUCUUCUGUUCUCCCUUUAUUGCAUUUUACUGGUAAUCGUUCCAUGCUCAAUUAACCCCAUCUCCGUUCUCUCCAAAUCGAGGAAGAAAUUUGAUACAGUAUUGUUUGACUCAAAACCGCAAGACUGAAACUUGAAGGCUUUGUUGAAGAUCUUGGUUAUGGGCUAAAUGGCUGAUCAUUGGCAUUUAUAUCCAGUAAUGGUUCUUGUUGAGUACCUCACAGUGUCAGUUGAGUAAACUCUAACAUGCACAUGAAGACUUGAAGUCAACAUCUUUUUGGGUCCCAAAGAAGAAACUGUACAUAUUGUGGAUCUAGUCUUUGUUUGUUUUAUCAGAAAAUAUACUAUAAAUAAUGGAAGUCCAGCACACAUCACCUCAGUUAUCCCGUGUUGGGGGUUUGCAGAAACAAACAAGUGCACCUCCUUUGGAAAAUAGCUUCGGUUUAUUUGGGUCAGUUCUUUUACAUGGAGAAAUAGACUUGUGGAUUAUGGAAGCUAAAUCCCUCCCAAACAUGGACCAAGUAAAAGGUCUAGCCCAAUUCAAUGAUCGUGACACCAGUGACCCUUAUGUAUCUGUUUGUGUAUCAGGAGCAAGUAUAGCCCGAACUGCAGUGAUACGCAACUGUGAAAACCCAUCAUGGGACGAGCAUUUUCGGGCCUCGAUAGCUCACCUGGUUGAGAAAGUUGAGUUUCAUGUCAAGGACAAUGACGGUGUAGGGGCAGAAAUGAUUGGAACCGUGGAUAUACCCGUGGAUGAUAUCCUCAGUGGGAAUGAAGUCAGUGGUUGGUUUCCUAUCCUUGGAUCUUCAGGCUAUCCAGUGAAAGCCGGUGCUGAAUUGCAUCUCUCUAUUCAGUACAGACCAGCCGCUACCAAUCUUAUAUACAAAGAUGGUAUUGGUGUCCUGAGAAACUCUCUUGGAGUGCCAAACACUUAUUUCCCAAUGAGGAGAGGGGGAAGGGUUACACUUUAUCAAGACGCUCAUGUGCCCGAUUCAAUGUUGCCUGACAUUUUACUUGAUAAUGGGAACUUUUUUAAGCAAAAUAAGUGUUGGGAAGAUAUAUGUCACGCUAUCAUGGAUGCCAAACACUUGGUUUAUAUUGUUGGAUGGUCUGUCUAUCACCGAGUGAAGCUUGUUCGGGAACCUACUAGGCCAUUGCCUUCUCCAGGGGCAAUGUGCCUUGGAGAUUUGUUGAAGUACAAGUCUCAAGAAGGAGUGCGUGUUAUUCUGCUCAUCUGGGAUGACAAAACAUCAAAUCACGACUUCCUUCUGAAAACGGAAGGAGUUAUGCAAACACAUGACGAAGAAACAAGAAAGUUUUUCAAGCACUCUAGUGUUCAUUGUGUGCUUUGUCCUCGAUCCCCCAGUAAUAAACUCAGCAUUUUCAAGCAAAAGGUUGUUGGAAACCUUUUUACUCAUCAUCAGAAGUGUGUUCUUGUUGACACUGAAGCUCCUGAAAAUUGUAGAAAAAUAACAGCCUUUAUUGGUGGCCUGGAUUUAUGUGAUGGCCGAUAUGACACCCCUCAACAUCGGAUUCUCAAUGAUCUGGAUACCAUCUUUGAAAAUGAUAUACACAACCCUACCUUCUCUGAUUGUUUGUCGGGCCCGAGACAACCAUGGCAUGAUCUACACUGUAAAAUUGACGGUCCUGCUGCUUAUGAUGUACUGACUAACUUUGAACAAAGAUAUAGAAAAUCUGCAAGGCGGAUGUAUUUAAAUAUGAAAAAGAUUAGGCAUCGGAGUGAAGAUGCUUUGCUUAAUGUGAGACUAAUCCCGUACAUUAAUCUUCCUUCUGCGGGACCCGAUGGGGAGCUUAGUGUAUGUAUUACCAGUGAAGACGAUCCGGAGAACUGGCAUGUUCAGUUCUCAGGUGUUCAGAUCAAUUGAUUCCGGAUCUGUCAAAGGAUUUCCAAAGGAUGUUAAGGAAGCUGAGGCUCAGAUGGAGAACUAAUCUCAUAUAUAUUCAAGGAGGACUAACCUGGAAAGAACAUGAACCUCAAGAAUCUUGUAUGUGGAAAGGCUUUGCGAAUAGAUAGAAGCAUACACACUGCAUAUGUGAGUGCGAUAAGAUUUGCGCAGCGCUUUGUUUACAUAGAGAAUCAAUAUUUUCUUGGCUCUUCGUAUAACUGGUCGUCACACAGAUAUGCAGGUGCUAACAACCUAGUGCCUAUGGAAAUAGCAUUGAAUAUUGCCAGUAAAAUAGCAGCAUAUGAAGAUUUUGCUGUGUAUAUAGUGAUUCCAAUGUGGCCUGAAGGCAUCACUACCAGUUCUGCGGUGCAGGAAAUUCUUUUUUGGCAGCACCAAACAAUGGAUAUGAUGUAUAAAAUUGUGGCACGGGCGCUUGAAAGUGCGGGCCUCUCUGAACGCCAUCCUCAGGACUAUUUGAACUUCUAUUGCCUUGGUAAGAGAGAGGCUGCAUCUCCAGGAAGUUAUGACGAACCUAGUACACCUCCGCAUGACCGUGCAUUGAGAUCAUCUCAAAAGUUCCGCAGGUUUAUGAUCUAUGUACAUUCAAAAGGAAUGAUAGUAGAUGAUGAAUAUAUCCUAAUGGGUUCCGCAAAUAUCAACCAGAGAUCUUUGAGUGGUUCCAGGGACACAGAAAUUGCUAUGGGAGCUUAUCAGCCACACAAAACGUGGGCGAACAAGAAAAGCCUUCCUCAAGGCCAGGUGUAUGGUUAUAGAAUGUCUCUGUGGGCCGAGCACCUGGGGGAGCUGGAGGCAUGCUUCCAAAAGCCACACAGCGUCAAAUGCGUUAGGCGUGUGAACGAGAUCGCUAGGUACAACUGGAAAGCGUUUGUGGCAGAGGAGUACCAGGAUAUGAGGGGUCAUCUGAUGCAAUAUCCAGUCCAGGUAAGCCGGUCCGGGGAAGUCACCUCCCUCCCCGGUUUUGAGUGCUUUCCUGAUGUCGGGGGCAGCAUUCUGGGUUCCUCCACCAAUCUCCCUGAUGCUCUCACUACAUAGCAAACACCUCAUUCAAACAUGGAACCAACUUGAACUUAGGAAACAUCACUUGAAAAAUGUCUUCCUGCUAUAUGCUUUGUCCAAUGUUAUAGGCUGUGUAUUUUUUUCUUUUGUAGUCUGCAGCAUGUUAAUUUCACAAAUAAAUGCCAUUGCAUGUAUAGUUAAGGUUCCACAUUUUUUAUAAGAUUCUGAAAUUAUCUUCAUUUUUUGUUUGUGAAAAUUAUUCAAGUAUGAGAUUCUCAAAAGUCAAAACAGAGGAACUUUGUUCAAUGUAAUUAUUCUAAAAAAUAUUGAUGUAUUUUAGUCCAGUUGCAUAUGCUUUAUCUCCCA